CCCCCACCCCCACCCCAAACCCCGCCUCGCUUACCCGUCGCAUCCCUCGCGGUUCGGAGGAGGAAAUAGGAGAUCAGGGCGGCCGGCAUCUGCUUGAAUGAGGCCGGCAUCCGGGCAGCCGCCGGACGAGCAGCGGGGCAUGCAGGGGUCCAAGUACGGCGGCAGCCGGAACCCCACGCGGGUCGAGCGGCUGCUGCGCGACAGAGAGCUUAGGAAGAUAAAUAGAGCGUUCCAGCAAGACGAGGCUGGCGGCAACGGUGGCCGGGAGGCUGAGUCCUCUGAGCAUCUGCCGGAGGAUUGUGGAAGGGAGGUCGGGGGUGAGCCCGAUGAAGAGAUUGUCGAUGGGUCCUUGGCGCCGGUGAUCACAACGGGACAGGGAAGUAGGAGGAGCGGGGGAAGACCCAUGAAGCAGCGGCUGCUGGUUGUGGCAAAUAGGCUGCCCGUCUCUGCGGUCCGGCGAGGGGAGGAUUCCUGGUCGUUGGAGAUCAGUGCCGGUGGACUUGUCAGCGCUCUGCUCGGUGUAAAGGAUGUUGAUGCUAAGUGGAUUGGAUGGGCCGGUGUCAGUGUGCCAGAUGAAGUUGGGCAGAGAGCACUCACAAAGGCAUUGGCUGAAAAGAGAUGCAUUCCAGUUUUUCUUGAUGAAGAAAUAGUACAUCAGUAUUACAAUGGCUACUGCAACAACAUACUUUGGCCUCUCUUUCAUUACCUUGGGCUUCCACAAGAAGAUCGUCUAGCGACCACUCGUAGUUUCCAAUCUCAGUUUGAUGCUUAUAAGCGGGCAAACCAGAUGUUUGCUGAUGUUGUGAACAAGCAUUACCAAGAAGGGGAUGUUGUUUGGUGCCAUGAUUAUCAUCUCAUGUUUCUUCCUAAGUGUCUUAAGGAAUACAAUAGCAAGAUGAAAGUGGGUUGGUUUCUUCACACUCCUUUCCCUUCCUCAGAAAUCCACAGAACCCUGCCGUCUCGGUCUGAGUUACUAAGAUCAGUUCUUGCAGCUGAUCUGGUCGGGUUCCACACAUAUGAUUAUGCUAGGCAUUUUGUUAGUGCUUGCACUCGCAUUCUUGGGCUGGAGGGCACACCUGAAGGGGUGGAAGAUCAAGGACGGCUGACUAGGGUGGCUGCGUUUCCAAUUGGAAUAGACUCCGACCGGUUUAAACGAGCACUUGAGCUUCCAGCUGUCAAAGAGCACAUCAAUGAGCUGACACACAGAUUUGCAGGUCGAAAGGUAAUGCUGGGUGUUGAUCGUCUUGACAUGAUUAAGGGGAUUCCACAGAAAAUUUUGGCAUUUGAGAAGUUCCUAGAAGAGAAUCCAUCUUGGCGUGAUAAAGUAGUUCUGCUGCAAAUUGCUGUGCCGACAAGAACUGAUGUCCCUGAAUAUCAAAAGCUUACUAGCCAGGUUCAUGAAAUUGUGGGUCGUAUAAAUGGUCGAUUUGGAACACUUACUGCUGUUCCGAUACACCAUCUGGAUCGUUCUCUUGACUUCCAUGCAUUAUGUGCUCUAUACGCAGUUACAGAUGUGGCUUUAGUAACAUCAUUGAGAGAUGGGAUGAAUCUUGUAAGCUAUGAGUUUGUAGCAUGCCAGGGCUCAAAAAAAGGAGUUCUCAUUUUAAGUGAAUUUGCAGGAGCAGCACAAUCCCUAGGGGCUGGUGCACUUCUAGUAAACCCUUGGAACAUUACAGAAGUUGCUGCUUCUAUAGGUUAUGCAUUGGACAUGUCUCCUGAUGAGAGAGAGAAGAGGCACAGGCAUAACUACGCCCAUGUGACUACACACACUGCCCAAGACUGGGCAGAAACCUUUGUGAGUGAACUUAAUGAUACUGUUGUUGAAGCUCAGCUUAGAACAAGACAAGUUCCACCACUACUUCCUACCAAUAUAGCCAUUGAGCGGUACUUGCAAUCCAUGAAUCGAUUGCUUAUACUGGGUUUCAAUGCAACAUUGACUGAAUCUGUUGAGUCUUCUGGAAGAAGAGGAGGUGAUCAAAUUAAAGAAAUGGAGCUUAAGUUGCAUCCAGAGCUGAAAGUGCCUUUGACAACUCUUUGCAAUGAUGCACAGACAACAGUAGUUGUUCUCAGUGGAAGUGACAGAAGUGUCUUGGAUGAUAACUUUGGAGAGUACAGUAUGUGGCUUGCUGCAGAAAAUGGAAUGUUUUUGCGUCACACAGGUGGAGACUGGAUGACAACAAUGCCAGAGCAUCUAAAUAUGGAUUGGGUUGACAGUGUAAAGCAUGUGUUUGAGUAUUUCACUGAGAGAACACCUAGGUCUCAUUUUGAGCAUCGUGAGACAUCACUUGUUUGGAACUACAAGUAUGCAGAUGUGGAGUUUGGGAGGCUUCAGGCACGAGAUAUGUUGCAGCAUUUGUGGACAGGUCCAAUUUCAAAUACUGCAGUUGACGUGGUCCAAGGUAGCAGAUCAGUUGAGGUUCGAUCUGUUGGUGUUACAAAGGGUGCUGCAAUUGAUCGUAUAUUGGGAGAAAUAGUUCAUAGCAAAAGCAUGGUUACACCAAUUGAUUAUGUUUUAUGUGUUGGCCAUUUUCUGGGGAAGGACGAGGAUAUCUAUACUUUCUUUGAGCCAGAGCUUCCAGCCGAGCCUGCAAGUUCCACCAGAAUGAAAAUAUCUGAGACCAGUAAAGCAUCUCCAGACAAGAGGUCUACUGGAAGAUCAUCAAGCAUUAGGAACAACUCAAGGAUGUCACAUGUUAGGCCUCAAAGGGCUCCAGUUGGAUCUGAAAGGAGGAUGCCAGCAAAUCAUAACAUCCUGACCGGAUGGCGAUCUCCGCAAGAGACCAUGUCAUGGCGUGAAGGGUCAUCGGUGCUUGAUCUCAAGGGUGACAACUACUUCUCUUGUGCUGUCGGGCGGAAGCGUUCAAAUGCAAGGUAUCUGCUAAAUACAUCUGAUGAUGUAGUGGUCUUCCUCAGAGAGAUGGCUGAGGCAGCUUGUCAAGGUUCUCUUGCUGCAUUAUUUUAACCAAGGUUUCUUUUAUAUCUGACGUUUGUUAGAUGCUAAUUGAACAUCAUAAGAGCGUACCUGUACAUGAUAUCAUCAAUCAUAGUCAUCAAUCCAGGAGAGUUAGGAUAGUGAGGCCCUGUUGUUCUCUCUCUCUCUCUCUCUCUCUCUCUCUCUCUCUCUCUCACGUGUCUAUACGGGUUUCUUUUAUAUCUGACGUUUGUUAGAUGCUAAUUGAACAUCAUAAGAGCGCACCUGUACAUGA